AUGCCUUUGUCGCUUUGCGGAGGAAGCAAAACGGUCCAGCGCAAGCUGGUGUUGCUCGGCGACGGUGCCUGUGGAAAGACAUCACUGUUAAACGUCUUCACGAGAGGAUACUUCCCGACCGUCUACGAACCAACAGUAUUUGAGAACUAUGUUCAUGACAUCUUUGUAGAUAACGUCCACAUCGAAUUGUCACUAUGGGAUACAGCAGGGCAGGAGGAAUUUGACAGGUUGAGGAGUCUAUCAUAUGACGAUACGGAUUUGAUCAUGCUCUGCUAUUCGGUCGACAGCAAGGACAGUCUCGAGAACGUGGAAUCAAAAUGGGUCGGCGAGAUAGCAGACAACUGUCCGGGUGUCAAGCUGGUCCUGGUUGCGCUCAAGUGCGACUUGCGCCAGGAGCAGGCCGAAGACGCGGCUGAAAACGGCAACGCGACGGAUCCUUCGCAGCAGCGCGAGAAGAAGCCCAUGAUCACGUACGACACGGGUCUCGAAGUGGCACGGCGCAUCAAUGCACUGCGGUAUCUCGAAUGUUCAGCCAUGCGCAAUCGCGGUGUCAACGAGGCCUUUACCGAGGCGGCACGUGUGGCACUCAGCGUCAAGAAGGACCGCGAGGAGAGCAAGUGCACCGUUAUGUAG